CCCGCUCUGCUUGCUUGAGCCUCAGGAGUCAGAUUAGUGUCUGUCUAAACUACUUUAAUCCUCCGGAUUUAUUUAUUUUUCAAUAUAUUUAUUUAACGUGAGAAGGAAUGCUUGCAUUCACUGGUAUACCUGGGAGUUUGGCACUUCUGGUAGUGAGCUCACAUCACUGAUAGUCGGGGCUCUUUGUAACCACAGUGUAGAUAAGCAUUUAGCGUGGAGCCCCCGCGGCAUGUUGUGGGGAUGCUCUGGACGCUUUGAGCCGCCUUCCAGCUGUGUUUAACAUCAGCAGCUGCGUGCAGGUUAGAUCCAAGCAAUGACAAGGACGUGCUUUUAUCUGUGGGGAGAGCAGCUGCAGAAACCUUGUCUUUGAUAAUCCAUUUUGCUAGUUAUUAGGUUUGCGCUGUGUGCAUGUAAUACGACUGCGCUGCCGAGGGCAUUGGGUGACGCAAAGCUGCUCUGAAACGUGAAGGUGCCGAGCAGGAGAGUCCUGAAGUGAACAAGGGAGUGUGAACUGAGGCAAUAGAGAGCUGAUUUCUUCUAGUACUGGCUCCUCGGGGUUUAUGGUUUAAAAGCUCUGUAUGCCUCUUAAGAAAGCAUCUGAAAAAGGGGGGAGAAUGGAGAAUGGCAUCACUGCUUUUGGGUGACACCUGCAUGUGAUUUUAACACCUUCAUUCCUGGCACACUCAAGUCAAGCCUUUGCAAAGAUUUCCUGAUCCUGCGUCCUUCCUCAUUGGACAGGUACAGCCAAAACCAGUUCAAUGCAGGCUUUGGGAUUUUUUUCAGCACUCUCAAGGAGUAUACGUGCCCUAAAUGCCUACAAUACAGAGGAAUCCAACUACUUCUAAUGGGAUGUAUUUGCAUAGAGGAAGAACUCCUCAUUUAAGAUGGGUAAUAAGCAAACAAUAUUUACUGAUGAACAGCUAGAUGCCUACCAGGAUUGCACAUUCUUCACUCGGAAGGAAAUCCUUCGGUUGCAUGGCCGAUACCAUGAAAUGGCACCAAACGUUGUGCCUAUGGACUAUACAAAGGACCCAGAUGUUAAACUACCUAUGCAGCUUAUAAUAAACAUGCCUGAGCUAAAGGAGAAUCCCUUCAAGGAAAGAAUUGUGGAAUCUUUCUCAGAAGAUGGAGAGGGGAGCCUCAGCUUCAAUGACUUUGUGGAUAUGUUCUCUGUGCUCAGUGAAAUGGCUCCCAGAGAGCUUAAAGCAAUCUAUGCCUUCAAGAUCUAUGACUUUAACACAGACAACUUCAUUUGUAAAUCAGACUUGGAAAAAACCCUCAAUAAGCUGACCCGAGAAGAGCUAACAGCAGAAGAAAUCACUCUGGUUUGUGAGAAAGUGAUAGAAGAAGCUGACAUGGAUGGUGAUGGGAAACUGGGAUUUGCAGACUUUGAAAACAUGAUUUCCAAAGCACCAGACUUCCUCAGUACUUUCCACAUAAGAAUCUGAUGAUGUUUCUGUGACCAGUGUUGUCAGAAAUGACUUGCCAGUCCAGCCUUUCUGAAUCUCAGGCACUCUGGGGGCUUUUGUCCUCUAAUUAUGGCUUCUUAGAACUCAGCAGAAGGUACUGAAAUCAUUCUGGUCCUCGAAGAGACAGAAGCAUCAUGUGAUCCACGGGAUAGUUGGAACAGUCACAUUUUUAUCUUCACUGCUGGCCAAGCACUGUGGAAAGGAUGGUUGGUUGUUGGGUUGUGGGUUGUCUCUUUUUUUUUCCCGUCUUUUUUUAAACAGGCAGAUUCAGAAUAUUGUUAAAGGUGUUUCCACAUACUUUUUAUAUUUAUGAAUAUUUAAUACUGCUCUGAAAAGUGCAAAAAAUAAAGACAAAGAUUAGCUUUGAUGACUUUUCCAAAAGUAUUUGAAAGAAAGCAAGGGCCUUAAGUAAUGAGAUGCCUCUAUCACUGUGUUGUACAGCUGGGGAUUUUGCAUGGAAAUUCCCUUAGGUAAAAGAACUGCAGUCAAGAUGAAGCUCCCGGUGUUGAAGACAACCACAUCCCAGGUUUGCCUUUCAGUCCCUGAAAUGGCAGUAGCUGGGUUUGGUGCUUACCUUCAACUUAUAUUUUAUGGAUUGUCAUGUCCUUAUGAAACUUGAAAUAUUUGCCUUUUGUAUAUGGUAACUGUAUACACAAUUCCUUUCUUCCCAAGGUAAAUGUUAAAACUGUGUCCUUAUUCUCAAGUGGGGUCCUGUGUUUUACUCAUUCUAUGGGCUAAUAAUGUAGAAUGGAAAAAUCUGAUCAUCUGUAACUUAUGAAGAAGUUGAAGAAGCACAGAACAACUACUAAGGACAUGAAAAGACAUUUUCUUUCUAAACCAGCUAUGCAAUCUUUCCCAUGAAAUGCAUGAAUGCAGCUCUGUAUUUCUCUUCCCUCUCCAGCUGGAAAUCAGCUAGAUUGUUCUUUCAUUGUGUUAGUUCCAGUAUUGGUUAGGUACUGGGGCCUGAAGACAAUCAUAUGUAUAUUACUGUUCUAACAGUCAAUAGAAGGGCUCUGUCACUUACAUGGCUUCUGUAUCAAAGUCAUCACAAUUAAAUCUUUUGAUGCAUUCUA